AUGACUAGUGAUUCUCAAGAAAUAACAAUAGCUAAUGAAAUUGAAGAAGAAUCAAGACCACCAUCUAAGUACAGCAAAGACUACUUAACAGACGAAGAAUUGCGCUGUAUUUUCGAAACAAAAUGCCAAGAUUCAAAAACUAAAUUUUCUGAUCAGUUAUUACAAAGAUUUAUCAAACAUUACAGAAGAAGGGAGUGCAGUAAGAUAUUUUCUUUUCAAAGCGCAGGUAUUGGCCCUCAAUGCUCGUACGUUAUUUAUAAGAUAUUUAUGUCACACUCCAACUUUCGUGUGCUAAAUCUAUCAGGAAAUGCCAUAGGUAGGGAUGGUACCAAAUAUAUUGCACAUUUAAUCUUACAAUCUCCAUUUUUAAUUUCAAUUGACGUUUCUUCAUGUUCUCUCGAUGGUGAAUCAUGUGCAUCGCUAUUUAAUGCACUCGCUUACAAUAAUUCUGUUGUUUAUUUCAAUAUCAGCAGCGUUAGUGGUGUUACAAGAAAUUCAUUCGGCGAAAGCUCAAUAGAACACCUUAAAUUAAUGUUUGAAGGCAAUCAUAUAUUGAGUGAAUUAAACAUUUCACAGACAGAAAUACCUCCAUUUUCGGUUCAAUUAAUUGCUCAUGGUCUUGAGAAGAAUAAAACAUUAGAGAUCCUCAACAUAUCAAAUAACAACUUCAGAUCUGCAGGAGCAGUCCACAUUAUCAACGCUUUAAAGAGAACUCAUCUUAAAGAAUUGAUAUUUUCAAAUAAUCAUAUUAAAGAUGAUGUUGCACCUCAUUUCUCUAAUUACAUACAAGGAAAUAAGUAUCUCAAGAAGCUUGAUAUAUCAAGUAACGAUUUUACCCAUAAAUUCAUUAAUUCUUUUGCUGAAUCUUUAAUUAACAACCAAGUCUUAGAGGAAAUUAACAUUUCAAAGAAUGCCAUAACAGGACGUGCCAUGGCAACACUUGGUACUGCACUUGCAUCAAAUAAUUAUAUAAGAAAAGUCAACAUUGCUGGUUGUCAGAUUGAUGCUAAUGGAUUCAACGAAUUUUGUGUUCGAUUUGCUAAGAAUACCAAUGUUGAAGUCUUUAUCGCUCAUAAUAAUCCGAUUCAAGACAAAGGAAUGGAAACUUUUGCUCAUGUUAUUGAAAAUCAUACAUCUCUCAGAGAAAUCGACUUUGAGUUUUGCGAAAUGACUGAUACAGUUACUAAACCUCUCUUUGAAGCUAUAGGAAAGUCAAAAAUUUCAAAAGUAAAUAUCAAGAAUAAUCUUAUUCACGACGGAGAAGCUGUUCAACGCGCCAUUGGCAUGAACAAAGAUUUGAUUUCAAUUAACUUCGAUUAUAAUGAUAUAGAUUAUAAAACUUCGAAUGAUAUUAACAGGUUACUUACAAAUAACAUCAAAAUGAUCAAAGAACAACGAGAAAAUAAUUACCAGAAGGUAGUAAUUGACCUAAGAAAUACACUUAAUGAGCUCCACGACUCUCGCGAAAAAAUUAUUGAAGAAAGAAGAUAUGGAAAGCUUCUUGACGAACAACUGGCUGAUGCUACCAAGCAAAACAAUGAAAAAUCUGAAUCAAGAGCUAAAAAUGUGGCCGAACUUACAAAUAAACUGGCACAAGUAACAAAUGAAUUACAAAAAUUUGUUGAUGAUAGUAGAAUGAAUCAGGAUUUAAUGCAAACUGAAAGUGCAAAUAUAGAAGUCUCAGUUCAGAAGCUUGAACAGCAAUUUAAGACUGAAACUGAUACAUUUAAGACUGUAUCUAAAGCUUUGAGCGAACUUGAAGCAAGAAUUGAUGGUGCAAAUACUCAAUGCAACAUGGACUUGCAACUACUUAAGAUGACCAAAGAAGAUCUUAAAAAGAGAUAUCUUGAUGCACAAUUUAAGAUCCAAGAAAGGUUCAAAGAACUCCAUCCCCAGGCCAUGAAAGCAUCUAUCUCUACAAGACCGUCUAGAUCUAGAAUUAGCCAAAAUGAUAAAAAAUAA